UGUCACAACCGGGAGCCUGCGCACUGAGGCCACGGGGAUUUCCAGCAGUACAGCGGAAAAGCUUGGAGUUUAAAAAAUGCACAACAUCAUGAUCGUGACCUUCUCUGCCUGGUGACCUUGAAUUCACUACUUUUGACAGGGCAGAGGCUAGAGCUCCAGAUGCAACUCAGGACCACCAAACUGUGAACCACCAGCCCCCUCUGACCUCAUUUUAUUUCCCACAUUUUCCCUGGAGAGCCCACAUAGACUGCUAAUAAAAUUUACCAGAGAUGCCCCAAAGCAGAGGGUGGUCUUACAGGCAAAAGCCUAACCACCCCAAUUACCCUAAACCAGGAAGCAGUUAAGUUCAAUACUACUACCGAUCCCCUUUCGUCUUUAGAAUGGUGACCGCUUCCUGAUUGAGGCCAGAGGCGUUUUCUAGUGCAUUUCGCAAAAUCCUCAGCGGAGUCUAUUUGUGUGCAUGUCCUGAGAUGGCGGCAGAGAGGGGCUGCUGAGUGUCGUCCCGGUCCUUGGCAUGAGAGGGGAGUGUCACGGCUGAGCAGUUCACUGCUGCGCUGCCAAUGGAUGCUAAACUGCAAGAGGACCUGUUCCGGAGGUACGUGGCAUGCCUGGAGAGGCGGCUGGAGGACGGAGGGGGGAAUGCGGGCCCUGGGAAAGGCACAUCACAGAGGGGCAGCGAGGCCCUACUCUCCACGGCCACGGCCCUGCUGGGGGCCUACCAGCCAGACCCGGGCCAGAGGUUCCGCAUGGUGCGCUUCUAUGAGGUGGUGGAGAAUGCCAUGCGCUGCCUGAGAGGCUGCAGUCUGCGUGGCCUGGAGAGAGCCUUCCUCACCCUGGAGAUGGUCUGCACCAACCUGCUGCUCUUCCCCUGGAAGAAAGAGUUCCGCUGCAUCAAGACUUUCACAGGCCCGUAUGUCUACCACCUUCAGGCUGUCUUGUGCGACGCCGAUCUCCGUUCCCUCCUGCGUUCCAUGGGCUACUCCCAUGAACACGAGCUCCAGUUCCAUGUCCGGGACCACCCUGGUGGCCCGGCCCACCUCCGGCAGCUAGCCUUCGAACUCUUCCUGGCCCAGGCAGAGUGUCGUCUCCUUGGGGAGGUGGUGGCUCUGGCCCGGGGCUCAGCCUCUGAGCUGGAGGCCCUGGAGCAACGGAGGGGCUGCCGGGACGACGCAGCCGGCUGUGCCGAGGUCCUUCGGCGGCGGGACAGCCUCGGGGCUGACAUGGCCCGGCUCUCUGUGCGACCAGUGGACAUAGGUCACCCUCACCAUCUGAGGAGAGGGGGAAGGCCGUCCAAGUCAGUGGAUGUGACGGAUGGAGCUGGGCAUUGGCACACAGCCAGUAAGCCUGUCCUGAAAGCCUCUCUGAGCCUUAGGAAGGAACCUCUGUUUGUGGAUGCAGAGGAGGACAUGAAGGAUGAGAUCAUCAGGCCCAGCACCUCCAUAUCCAUGUUUUCUGUGGCUGCCCCGCCUUCUUUCAGCCCCUUGGCUGACUUCUUCCCUAUCCAAUCACCGCCCUCUGUUGAUGCCUACUCCUCCUACCACCUCUCCUCAUUGGAUGAGAUUGAUCUGUACACAGAGAGGGGUGGGCCUGGGGUUGGAGGUCGACAGACGCCUUCCAGACCUUCAUCCAGGGAACCCUGGGAUGCCAGGGAUGGCUGGGCGUUCAAAGCCCAUGGCGGACUCUCUUCUCUGGGGGUGAAGUGUCAGGGUUGUGGCCUGGGCUGCUCCAGCCUGGCCUCCUGCCCUAGGUGUGACAUGAUCUUGUGCCCGGCCUGUCGCGACAUCGACCCCUCCCCCUGUUGUGGCCUGCAGGAGUACCCAACCCCCAAAUCACCCCGCCCUAUGGAUGGCUACCUCCCAGUCAAGGAGAAGCUGUCAGUAUACUCCAACACCCACUCUCCCCACCCCCAUAUGCACCCUCAUCCCCUCACCCUCACCCAACAGCACACCCACCCCCACCCCCAGAUGGUAGAGAAACCCCUUAUGGCCACCAAGCUGUUUCCCAGCAAGUCGGUAGCCAAUGCUGACCGAGCAAGUCUGGGGGGGUCGCGGUGCGGGUUCUGUAACAAGCCGGGCGCGUCUCACACCUGUGUGAACUGCUCCAAGGUAUCGUGUGACUCGUGCAUUAGCCUGUACGGCAAAGACUUGUGCACACGUAAAAACCCCCAGCACAGCUUUGUCCCCAACCAUCAGCUCAACUUUAAGUCUGGAACCAUAUCACACCUGGUGUACCGAUGAGCAGGGAGUGAACUCUCUCACUUUCCUCUCACCCUUCGCUUGUACCCUUGCACUCUCCCCUGCCCUUUCUUUCCUCCCCUCCCUCAUAUCGUCUCUAUUAGAUGUAUGCCUCUGGAAUACAUACAUUACACAUGUUCAUAGGGAGUCCUCUCUCUCUGCCUUGUAAAAGAUCAUGCUUUUUUAACUGGUUCCUCCUCUUCCUUACUGCUCCACCCCCUCUAGCUUAGUCAUGUGACGUCGUAGGGCUUCCCAAUCCCUUAAAUCUAUUCCUCCUUCAAACGAAACGCGCCAGGCGGCUCGAAGGAAAGCCGCCCAAACAAAACACAAGCUGACAUAACUUGUCAGCCGAGGAGACUCCGUUAGAUGUGUCGUACAGAAGAGUUCUGAAACUGGAUUGUGUGCACUGAUGAACUUUUUAACCUUGAAAACCAAUAGGAAAGAACACUGAACUUACACUGGAAUUAAAUAGUAUAUAUUUUCAAUGGUUCAUUCCGUAGAUCAAUGUAAGACUGUUCGUUGGGUGGUGAAAGAGGCUGGAGUGAACAUUUGGUGUGGGGGUUGAUGCUUUAAAGGGAUAUUUUGAGACCGACUAUUAUGGCAACUGACCACUAUUUAAAGAACAAUCACUUGUACAUUUACCCUUAAAUAUUUAAAGUGUAUGGCUGAGGUUUACAUGCUGCUGUGGAAAUUGGAGAUGUUUUGUUGUAUCAGUUACAUUUUCACAACACACCUAAAUUCUCAUUGCUAUCAUGCUGAUAUGUCAUCCAGCUUCUUGGAGGUGGCUGUUGUUAGUAAUCCAAUAAACUGGAGGACCCUAAGAAAUGAAGUCUAAAGCCAGUGACAGUCCCGAAAAUAUAUAUGAACUUCACUCUUUGCUACACUGGCAUUUAGACACUACAGGGAGGAGUUUCUGUUUAUGACAGGGAGGAGUUUCUGUUUAUGACAGGGAGAAGUUUCUGUUUAUGACAGGGAGAAGUUUCUGUUUAUGACAGGGAGAAGUUUCUGUUUAUGACAGGGAGAAGUUUCUGUUUAUGACAGGGAGAAGUUUCUGUUUAUGACAGCUUACCCAGAUGGUAAUUCUCCCAACUGAUCUUCAGUUAGUGUUUUACAACCUGUUCCUUCUCCUAUUUACAGUGGGGUUUGAAACUAUUGACACCCUUGAUAAAGAUAAGCAAAAUAAAUCAAAUACUGAGCUAUACUGUCUGCUGAAAAGAAUGUGCCAAGAAUACCUAUUUUCAUGUCAAUUAACUAAUGUAAACACUUGGAGUUUACUGAAUGACAUUGGCAUUUGUUUUGUAGCUGCUGCUUUGGUCAGAGGUGAAAAUAAAUGUCUUUGGCCAUGCACACCAGUGGUGGGUUUGGCCUUGAAAUGAGAAUGCAGAAAAUAACAUUCUUACUGUAAAAUAUGGUGGUGGAUCUUUGAUGUUAUGGGGCUAUUUUGCUUCCACUGGUCCUGGGGCCCUUAAGGUGGGGGCGGCAGGUAGCCUAGUGGUUAGAGCAUUGGACGAGUAGCCAGAAGCAUUUCGCUACACUCGCAUUAACAUCUGCUAACCAUGUGUAUGUGACCAAUAAAAUUUGAUUCAGAAGGUUGCAAGAUCGAAUCCUCGAGCUGACAAGAUAAAAAUCUGUUGCUCUUCCCUUGAACAAGGCAGUUAACCCACUGUUCUUAGGCCAUCAUUUUAAAUAAGAAUUUGUUCUUAACUGACUUGCCUAGUUAAAUAAGGUCAACAGUAUCAUGAACUUUCAGCAACACAAUAAUCCCAAGUACACAUCAAAAUUCACAAAAAUUGUGCAAUUUUGCAAUGUCAAUCUGUCUCAGGACUUCUAUCCAAUUGAAAACCUGUGGUUUGUUUGAAUUGAAGAGGAACGUCCAUAAACAAAGGAUUCUGUAUAGAGCAAUGGUCUGUAUAGAGGAAUGGUCUGUAUAGAGCAAUGGUCUAUCAUCCCUUUGGGAAUUUUAUUUCUCUAAAUAGUUAUGUUAGUAUGAAAUAUAAAUUCCCUUUUUUUUGUGGCAUAAAAUAUUGCUCAGUAUUUUAAUUGAUUUAAUACAUUUUUGCUAAUCUUUAUAAAGGGUGUACAUUGGGGUGAAAUACUCUAUAACCCGACCCACAGUUCAGUUCAUUUACUUAAUAUGGGCAAACAGUAGCUGCAGGGGUGAUUUAGACUCUGCUACACAUAGGUCUACCUGUGGGCAAACGUCAUGACACUUCACACUUACAAAGUUAAACGUUCUGGCCAUGCUGCAAUCCUUAUGUGGUGAGUGAUGAAGAACACAGGACUGUAAAAUUCACAGUUUAAUAAAGAGACUUGUGGAUAAGG